UCCUACACGCAUGCCACUCUCCACUCGUUCUCUCGCGGUCUCUCUCUCGCUGUCUCUCUCUCUCUCUCUAUCUGGCGCUCUCUUUUUUCUGUAUGUCUAUCUCUCUCUCUCUUCCCUUUUCCGUCUAUCUUUCUUUCGCUAAUCGCAACUUUCCUUCCUCUCCACUCGCGCGCUCCUAUAAGGAAUCCACAAUGCUGCGCGUUUUCUGAAACAAGUCACGUCUUCUUUCCCUUUAUUUGUGUGUUUUUUCGCUGCUCUGCGUAAAAUGCCGAGGGCGCCGGAGUGAAGAGACAGCGUCCUGUGCCCGAUGUGCCACCCGAUGGAUUUUGCGCUCCGCUGUGCCCCCCCGUUCUCCUCAAUCUGGAGACAAAUCACGCUGCUUCCGUGACCCUUACAGCACCAUGAACCUGAGCUGCAGGACACGGAGAACAAAAGAGUAGCCGCGUCGCCGCCUCCGGAGGGAAAUAGACCGAAAGCGAGAGAAAAGAAAACUUACCACGACAGCGAUGGCCAAACGGAGAGAGGAGCUGCAGAGAGAUGUUUGGGCCGGUUGGCUGUUUCUGGUGUGGAUUACCUGCUGCUCUGCGGCGCCCGUAAGCAAUCAGUCGCAGAGUUUACAGAGUUUACGGACAACCUCGACGGCGGCCUUGCGAACCAGAGCGGUGGAAGGACAAAAAAUCCUCAGCCGCGCCAAGAGGGGAUGGGUUUGGAAUCAAAUGUUUGUGUUGGAGGAGUUCACUGGACCCGAUCCAAUUCUGGUUGGCAGGCUCCAUACAGAUUUGAGUGUGAGUGACAGGAACCUCAGGUACGAGCUGUCCGGCGAGGGCGCAGGAACAAUCUUCGUCAUUAACGAGUACACUGGCGAUAUCCACGCUAUGAAGAGGCUGGACCGAGAAGAAAAGGCCGAAUACACGUUAACGGCACGAGUGAUCAACAAGGAUACCAACCAGUCUCUGGAAUCUCCCUCACAGUUCAUCAUCAAAGUGCAGGACAUCAACGACAACCCCCCGCAGUUCAUCGGAGGGCCUUUCCGUGGGUCAGUGCCAGAGAUGUCACCAGUAGGUACGUCGGUCAUGAGGGUCACCGCCACUGACGCUGACGAUCCUGGCUAUGGAAACAGCGCUAAACUCGUCUACAGCAUUUUGGAGGGGCAGCCUUAUUUCUCCAUUGACCAGUACGAUGCCAUCAUCAAAGUCGCGCUGGCCGGGAUGGAUCGAGAGAUGAGGGAAGAGUAUCUGGUCGUCAUUCAAGCAAGAGACAUGGGGGGUCACAUGGGUGGGAUGUCGGGGACCACCACAGUCACCGUAACGUUGACGGAUAUCAAUGAUAACCCACCGAAGUUUACAAAAGGCUUGUACGAGUUCACCAUCCCAGAAGACCUCGGCAUCGGGAAACCUGGUGGAAAAGUGAAAGCGAACGACCGGGACACCGGGGAAAAUGCCAAAUCAACAUAUAGAAUCAUAGGAGGGGACGAGAGGGAUAUGUUUGAGAUCAUCACUGACACUCAGACUCAGGAGGGAGUCCUCACACUGAAAAAGGCUUUGGACUUCGAGAGCAAAAAAUAUUACAAUCUGACUGUGGUGGCUACAAACGUUCAAUCUUCAACGAGCGGCAGCACCUUCAUGGACCAAGCGACCAUCAAAAUCAACGUGGAGGACGCAGACGAGCCGCCCGUCUUUUCAAAGUCCACUUACGUCUUUGAUGUCCACGAGAACGCUCCUGUAAACACGAUCAUUGGAACGGUCACGGCCCGAGAUCAAGACGCCUCACGCAGCCUCAUCAGGUAUUCUAUCGAUCGGCACACGGAUCUGGAGAGGCAGUUCAAUAUUCAUGUUGAUGAUGGAAGGAUCACGUUAGCCAAGCUGCUGGACAGAGAGACAGAUACCUGGCACAACAUCACAGUGACCGCCACGGAAGUCCGAAACCACAGUCAGAUCUCCAGAGCUAUUGUGGCUAUUAGAGUUUUGGACAUAAACGACAACGCGCCCGAGUUUCCAGUCAAUGAGGAGCUCUUCCUGUGCGAGAACGGCAAACCUGGCCAGGUGAUCGAGACCAUCAGUGCUGUGGACAGAGACAACCCUGCCCAGGGACACACCUUCCACUACAGACUGGACACGCCCACCAACCCCAACUUCACCAUCAAAAACAAUUUAGACAAUUCCAUUAGUAUUCUUACGAAGCACGAUUACUUCCGGAGGCAGAAGCAGGAGAUGUACUUCCUACCCAUCAUAGUGACCGAUGAUGGAGAUCCCCCCUUGAGCAGCACCAACACACUGACCAUCCGUGUGUGCGGCUGCAGCAAAGAUGGCACCGUCCAGUCCUGCAACGUCGAGGCUUUCGUCCUGCCCAUCGGCCUCAGCAUGGGUGCCCUGAUCGCUAUCCUGGCCUGCAUCAUCCUCCUGCUGGUCAUUGUGGUGCUGUUUGUGACGCUACGGAGACACAAAAACGAGCCGCUUAUCAUCAAAGACGACGAGGACGUGCGGGAGAACAUCAUCCGUUACGACGACGAGGGCGGAGGGGAGGAGGACACCGAGGCCUUCGACAUCGCCACGCUACAGAAUCCGGACGGCAUCAACGGCUUCCUGCCACGCAAGGACAUCAAACCGGACCUGCAGUUCAUGCCCAGGCAGGGUCACCACUCGGGCCCCAACGGAGUGGACGUGGACGAAUUCAUUAACGUCCGCCUGCACGAGGCGGACAACGACCCGACAGCGCCCCCUUACGACUCCAUCCAGAUUUACGGCUACGAAGGCCGAGGCUCCAUCGCCGGCUCUCUGAGCUCACUGGAGACGGCGUCUUCAGACUCAGACCAGAACUAUGACUACCUCAGAGAUUGGGGGCCACACUUCAGAAGACUGGGGGAACUUUACUCUGUGGGCGAAAGCGACAAAGAAACUUGACCUUGGAAACCCCUCAGACCCUUUUGCUUUUAUCCACGUGACUCGCGUAUAACGCUAACGGGGGGUUGCCGGAUUUCAAGAACACAAGGCCACCUUUUUUUCCUCAAGAACUGUUAGAGAGACAUGAUAGCAUAUUAGUCAUAUACAACAUCACAACGUCGAGCCGAACUUCAACACGAUGUCUGUAGUAGGAGGUCGAUGAUUCUCGUGGAGUGAUUUUAGAUUACUGUCAUUGAGUGUCUAGCAGUAAAUUUUGGGUAUUUGUUGUUCACUGUGACCACCAGAAACAUCAAACAAGUAGAUUCUUGGUAGUCGCUUGAAGAGACUCGAUGGAGAACGUGGUUUCUGGACACAAGGCUUUGUGGAGGACGAACUGCAAAGGCCUCAAAUAACGGCUCCACUCCCAAAAAACUCCAACUCUGUCAUUCAGUCAAUCCAAGGGGGAAAAAGAAAAAAAAAAAAAACAACAACGAAAAAGAAAAACAACCCUACAAAAUCAACUAUAAAGCAAUAUACGGUCUACAUUACUUCGCUGAAUGUAUGUACGAUUAAAGAUAAGAUGAGCUUCAAGACGAGCGCAUAACAUUGGCUUUAAUAGGUACUAGUUGAGAUACCAUUUGAUACCGAGCGGCCGGAUUUACUGAACAAACUGGAUAAGCCUUGUGGCUUUGCUUUAUACAGAACACUUUGUAUUCAUGCUAUUAGUGUGUUUCACACUCGAAGAUUAGUAGCCUAUAAAAGACUGAAUAAGAAAAAAAGAGAAAUGUAGGAACAACGAGGCCUUCUUUUUACAGAAGCAAACAUUAAAUACAGUUGUAUUUCAACUUUUUU